AUCCGCUUGGUGCGCUGGCUGUACCGGUCAGUCAUAACUUUCUCUCGAAGUCAGUAGGAGAAUAGUGUUCGUGUUUUUAAUAAGAAAAAAAUGUUUUUUCUCGUUGAAAAUUAGUGACAGGGUAGCAUAAAGUUAAGCUUCACAGGAAAAGUGUAUAAGUUAUUUGGUUAUUUAUGUAAAAAUAGUUAGUUUUUCGUUUUGUGUCGACGAUACUGGACAAGGAAAAUGCCAAAUCGUUGCUUUGUGCCCAAUUGCAAUGCCGGAUAUCCAGGAUUUAAACCUUGUAGUAAGGUAGCUUUUUUCGCUCCACCCAAAGAUGAAGCUCUCUUCAAAGAAUGGGAGCUGAACAUUCCUCGCAAAGAUGCAAAUCUUAAAGCUUCAUCAAGAGUGUGCUCAGGUCACUUCGAAGAAGAUGAUAUUAUCAAAGGCCGGUUGCUUAAAGGGAAUGAUGGCCAAGACAUUUUCUAUGCAUGGAACAAUUGGAGUCUUAAAGAAGGAGCCAUCCCAAGAAUUUUCCCAGGCUGCCCGAGUUCUGAACAAGCCUAAAUCAGCCAAAAGAAAGCUACCAAAAGGAAAGCAGACCGCCAACAAGAGGAAUCGAACGGAAUGUGACCAACUGGUUGAGCUUCGAGAACAUAAAGAUGACUUUUCAGAAAACUGGGAAGGAGUACCUGUUGAUGAUUCUUCUCUGAACGACCCAUGGCUGUCAUUUAAACCAGAAGACUGCCCAGUACCUCCAGGUUGGUUUUGGAUUCAAUCAAGUGAUGUUCCUGAGGAGAUUAAUUGUGAAAACUGCCUAAAUUCCCUAACUGCAGAAAAAAGUGAACUUCCUAGUGAAUUCUACGCUGCGUAUAUUACCAAACUAAGGAGCAAAGGAUUUCUACGCUUCGCUUCACUCGGUUUUUACUACACCAUUUCCAAGGUGGAGAGGAUCCUUCAGAAGCACUUACAAUCACAUCAAGCCUACAUUAGGGAUUCCUUCCAGCUAGUCAUUAGCGAAGUUGUUGGUGAUGGCCUCAAUCUUCCCCCCAUAUGCUGUGAAGCGCAUCGACAUGAACAACUAUCAUUUCUCGUUUACGAAUAUGUUGUAUUGCGCUAUCACAUAAAAGCCAAGCGCUUCAAAAAUGAUGCCUUCCAACAAUUAAAAAGUAACCAACAAUGAACAAAAACACCGAAAAAUGUCCAAAAUGGUUUCGUAAUGUAUAAAGAAUGAAUGAUAAAAUACAUGACAUUGAUACAUUCCGAUAAA